AGGGCACGUCCCUCUUAGCCUAGCCCCCACCGUACAUGACAACAUUUUAGUGUCAUAUUUGUUUUGGCAAACGAAUUGUGCCUAUUCCUGCACAAUUGAACUCCUGACUACAUCUAUAAUAUACCUGCAUAUGACUUUCAGUUUGUGACGCUUAGUUUCCUGUCUGAUUUGUGCUCUUACGUUCGGCAAAACAACUGGGAUACACUCCUUCAUCAAUGUCAGAUAAGGAGCAUGAUUAAGCAGUCUGGAGUUUGUUUCAGAGUUACCUAGAAUCGAGAAUGGUUGUUAAGAGUUUCAAUUUUGAUUUUUGACUUGUCAUGCACACUAUUGAGGACAUCCAGCUGCUAUAGCAGCGGCUGCCUCAGCCAUGGCUCUACGUGAUUUAGUAGAAGCUGAGUGUGGGGGAUCUAAUUCGCUGGUUCGCUUAACAUCACAUUUCACAAGUGAUCACGCCCUAAAAGAUGAAGGACUUCGACACAGACCUUUUCCUCAUCAUGGAGAACCAUUUGGUGACUCUGAUCAACUUGUGCAGCAGUUUUUGGAAGAAACCCUGGGAGCAUCUCCCCAGACAUUUCGUAUGGACUCACUGCUCCAAGAGAUGCGAGAGAUGGAACAAAGUGGCCUUGCACCUCGACCUUCACCUGGAGUAGCUCAACUUGCAGUGGAUCCCAGCUGCAAUCCUCAUGAGUGGGCUCAGCAGUUCCUUGACGCUGGCAAACAUUUUGAAGAUGCGCCAGGCAGCUCCGGAAAUAUUUGGUCUGUUGAUGGAAGUAGCACCAGCAGUCUGCUCCCAAUUGGCGCAGAACGUGAUGGUGGCACUGGUGGAUUAUCUGAACUCGGCUUCGGCCCAAAGUGGGCUCAGGAUUAUCUCGAAUCUAACGAUUUGAAAGAAGGUGCUACUGCAGAGGAUCUAUCUCUUGUGGAUGCUGAAAAGUGGAUUGCUGAGCUGACCCAGAAAAAUGUUGGAACUGAUGAUGCUGAAGAUGUAACUGCAAGGCAAAAGGCAACAGAGCUUGUAAAUGCUGUUGACGAUGCCAAGUUUGCUAACUCAAAAUUCAUGAAGUUCAUGCGCCAAGUUGGCGAUGGUGAAGCUACUCUCAGCUCUGGGAAAGAAGAAAAUGCCUCUAGUGCACCAGGUGCUGGUGCUAUAGCAGGGGCUUGGGCCCGCGAAUUUGCUGAUAACUGGGCUGGAGAAGAUUUUGCAUCUGGUUCUGGGAAGUCAUCAUCUUGGGAGGAAGAAUUUGGCAAGAAAUUUGGUGCGGUCGGCCGGGAAAGUUCAGCUAAACUAGAAAGUGGCUCUGAAGGUGCAAUGGAUGAUGUGACAAAUCGAUUUUGGGAUAAACUUCAAGAACAGUGGAGUAAAAUGGAACAAGACCAUGACUGGCUAAGUGAAUUUAGCGACUAUUCGGAUCCAUUCAAGGCAUACAACGCAAAGGAGUACAAGUUUGAAACUACAAACCCGAUGCAAGAUAUUGAAGACCCAUUUGAAGAAGGAAAGCGACGUCUAGAACAGGGCGAUAUUCCUUCUGCUGUGCUCUGUUUUGAAUCAGCAUGCCAGGCAACUCCAGAAAAUUCUCUUGCUUGGCAAUAUUUAGGCACCUCUCAGGCUGAAAAUGAGCAGGAUCCACUUGCAAUAGCUGCAUUAAGAAAAUGUCUUGCUCUGGAUCCCAAAAACAUGACAGCACUUAUGGGUCUUGCUGUUAGCUUCACAAACGAAAACUACCAAAACCAGGCUUGCCAUGCACUCAAGGAGUGGCUGAAAGUAAACCCAAAAUAUAGUGACUUAAUAACUGACGAUUCAAGUAAUUUUUCCCGUACACUUGGAGCAAUUUCUUCUUUGAUGCCAGAUGGCAUUCACCAGAAUGUUCGUGACUUGUACAUCAAAGCAGCGAGAAGAAAUCCAUCUGGUACAAUUGAUCCAGAUGUCCAGUGUGGGUUGGGUGUACUUUUCAACCUGUCCUCAGAAUACAAUAAAGCUGUUGACUGUUUCAAAGCUGCACUGGAAGUUCGCCAAGAUGAUUUUCGAAUGUGGAACCGUCUUGGUGCUACAUUAGCUAAUGGUAAUCGCUCAGAAGAAGCAGUGGAUGCUUAUCACAAUGCACUGCAUCUUUUCCCUGGGUUUAUAAGAGCACGAUACAACCUUGGCAUCACUUGUGUCAACCUUGGAGCUCACAGGGAAGCUGCAGAGCACCUGCUCACAGCUCUUAACCAACAAUCCGCUGGCCGAGAUGCUAAGGGAGAGCGGGUUUCUCCCAUGAAUGCAGUCAUGUCUGAUUCAAUUUGGUCAACUCUUCGUCUUGUUCUUGGUCUUCUCGAUCGGCAAGACCUCUUCCCCAUAUUAGAAGCAAGGGAUGUGAAAAGGUUAAAUGAAGAAUUUGACAUGGAUUGAAAUUAAUUUAUUUUGAUUCUGUGCCUUUAGACAAGAAUUUGUAUAUAACUCUGACCACUUCACCAUAGCAAUACUCAUGGGAAUCGAUUGAAUUAAUCACAACCAAGACUCGUUGUGUCUAAUUUUUCUGACAUGGUGAACAGUAUUGGUAUACAAUUUGCAUCACAGUCGGUUGUUGUGUAAACUUACAGUGUGCAUAUUUGACCCAUUACUCUCAAAACUUGUCACCAAAUAUGAAUGUUGUUGGUUUAUUAUCCUUGAAUAUGUUUUAAGCAGGGCAUGAAGUUCAAUGAUGAACGAACAUAAAUACAAAUCAGAGGGUGACUAACUAGUAGGCAUACAACUCCUUAUUUAUUUUGCCUUAUCAUUGCAUGCCUUCAUAUUGGUAACAGGGUUGUCUUUGUUUUUGUUUGGCCUUCCUUGACUACUGGGUGCUUCACUAAUGGGUUCUAAAGAAACCAGAAUUCAAUUUAGCAUUGCCCGUGUUUCUGGGAUGGAUAUCAUUUUAAAACUAUGUUGCCACCCAGCAAACUGCCAAUAGUGUCAAUUGUUUUAAUUUCAUAUUCGCUUCAUUGUUUAUAUGUAGCUUCACAUUUACAAAGAACAUUGAUGUGAAUUUGACAGUCUGUACUUGGUCAUCCUCUGUAAACUUGAUCAUAUGGUGUAAGUGUUGUCCUUUUCCCCUUGUUUUGUAUGGUACUUGUUACUCAUAUAGUUAAGUUUUCUAUGAAGGAUAAGUACCUUGAAUCACUUUUCUGAUGCUCUCAGCCAAGAUGAAUCUGAAGGCUGCAUCAGUGUAGUGUGGCUCCAUGAUGUUCAAUUGAAUGGUGUGUUUUCCCCCCAACAUUUAUUUCUGAGAGUAUUUGUUGCAACGUACCAUUGUACGUAAACAAAUGAUUAAAAUUUCAAGGUCAUUGGUAACCAUCCUGAAUGGAAUUUUUAAAACUCUGGUGAAUUAGUUAAGCUAUGGUUAGGGUUUCCCAAACUUGUUGGUCUUUCUUUGUGUAUUCUGGCUGCAUAUUGGGCCUUUUCCUUACUUUAGCAAUAGCUUUUUUAAAAAUGAAAUUGAAAAUAUUUUUGAUACAAUUUGUUAAAUUUUGUGAAUAAAAGUGCAAGAAAAGUGCCUGUACAUAUAUGUAUGUGUGUAUAUAUACGUACGUUCAUAUAUUAAGACUUCCCUUCUUUUCAUAGGUAGGUAAUUAUCUUAUUAUCAACUACUUUUACAAUAAGGCUGCUCUUAUCACCUGAGUCAGAAUUGUUCUGUUCUUCAAAAUUGAAGUGGUAUUGGCAUUUUUGUUCUUUACAAGUGGCUGGUUACCAUUGCUCUUUAUGGUGAUAUCUUCUCUUCUAUGUAGGUCAGCCUAUACACUUUGUUUUACCUUGUCUUUCUUUACUUUGUCAUAGCAAUAUUUGUAGUUUUUGGUAGAUGUUUAAAGAAGCUGAGCCCUGAAAAUAUAACACGAAUGCUUGUUCUUUAAGUUAUGAAACAAAUGUGUUUUACACUGUUCUUCUGGAACUCACCUAGGAUGAGUUCUGUACAGCAUGUGUAUGUGGCAAAUUUGUUUUUUUUUUUGUUGUUUUUUUUAAAUACAUAAACAUACAUAUAUAUACAUGUAUAUGUAUUCAUAUAUUUACUUUCGUAUAGAUGGAUAGAUAGUUAUAGGUAUAUCUAUGUUAGAAUCUUGUAAUGAGUUAUUUUACAUUAAAGCUAUUCACCAUUAUUUUUACCAAAACGUGAAUAGCAGGGAGAAUUGGCACAUCUUUUAGGGAGGUGUAUGUAUUUGCCAAAUACAAUUCAAUUGAAGUUUAUGAGGAAAAGAAUUAUUGAUAAUUUAAUACAUCUUUGCAUUUUGCACAAGUGGUUUGAACUCCACGAACAAAACUUCACAAUACCAAGACUUCUUAUGAGAGUUAUGCCUGGAGCUAACAUCAACUUGUCAUACCAUGACUUUGCUCAUUUAGUCAUGUAAACUGGGAAUGUUGGGUCUCAUAAAUGGUAUUUUGGGUAUUCAAAUGAGAAGAUGAAUACUCAUCUGCCUUACGUUACUUAUGUAACCUCCCAAUUGUUAAUAUUCUUUAAUUUCAUGGAGUUACUGUCAUUGGAACUCACUAUAUAUCAGGGUCAAGGUCCAUUUUUUUUUCUUCUCAAUGUAUGAUUUUUUAUGUUUUCUUUUAUACUUGUUUCUAUAUGUAAUGAACAUGGCAUGCCUUUUCUCAUGAUCCAAUUUGUUUUUUUGUAUCGCAGUCUCAUCAAACAUAUGCUCAGCAGUACCAAUGAAUAAUUAAAAAAAGAAAAAAGCCUUUGUGCUUAAACAUGUACCUAAAUUUUUUUUGUGAAAGUAUAAAAUGUAUUUAGAUUGCAAGCACUUUGCAUUUCAACAGACGGAAUGAGGACUGUUUAUGUCCUCUCUGUUAUGUUGUCUUCAAAUGAGGAGUAUGGUUUUAAAAAAAUAUCCUGGAUGUCAGUCAGUUUACAAAAACUGAAGUCCUACAUUUGGUUUUGUUUUUCACAUUGAAGUGUCGAUGUGUCUUGAAAUCCCGUUUUAAGUCUUUUGUAUCUGUGGCUUUUUUUAACUGACAUGUAAUUUGGUAAAAGAUUUCUCUCUAUCUCGUUUUGAAUGUUCUUCUUAGUUCUAAGGAGUGAUGCUUAGUGAGAUAGUAUUUUCCAAUAAUUGACAGGUGUUUUAAUUGGUCAGGUUUCAAACAUGUGAACACUCUUGUAAAUGAUGAGGGGUAUUUUCUGUAGCCUUGGUUGGUGGUGGUUGGCUAUUUUCCAUGGCUGCCUUACGUAUUGGAGUUAGAGGUGUUGCCUUAAUUCCAUAUUAAUGUUUGUGAAAAAGGUGUCAUGUACGCGUUUUUGCCAGUUCAUACUUGUUUUAUAUUAAUAUUGUUACUGGUUUGACGAUACUGGAAUGUGAGUGGAGGUAAAGAGCAGAUCUAAUGAUGAGUUUGAACACUGGGUUUCAAACCAUUUCAUCCAAAAUGAAUGAGAUGACCUUAAAGUCUUGUGUUACCAACUUAUGGAGAUUUUCACCCGAGUUUUGUGGAUCUUCUUGUGUUUGAUGUAACUUUUUUAGAUUAAAUUUCAUAUUGAUCAACAAAGAAAGUAUUAGAUCUGCACAUUAUCUGAUUAAAAAACCUCAAUUGUUUCAUAUUUGUCCCUAUGAUUCAAUAUUUUCUCCUUUUGUAAGUGUGCUACUUGCUUUAAAACCUGUCAUAGGUGGAUCACACAUGUUCUUUUUUCCAUUGUUUGUUUUUGUUUCUUUGUUGUUAUUUCCAUUAUUUGGAGAACAAAAUUUUGUUGUUCAUUGAAAUUUAUGUGUAAUGGUCCCUUAGCAUAUCUUUAGAGCUUUCAAUUUUGUUUCAAGAUACCACUGCAAGCUGACUAAUCUAUAUUGUUGUAACAAGUAGCCAUUGAUCCACUAUUAGAUGCUUGUUAUGAAGAAUCUUAUGAAACUAAAUAUUGUCCUCUUGUCUUCUAAGACCUUUUCUAUGCCUUUGUUCUAGCAAACUUUUUUUCCUUUUUUUUUAAGUGAGCUAGGUACAGGGCAGAAUUUGCAUCGCUGUAAAUUUAGAAGAUGAUAAUUUUCUGGUACCUCUCUUGUGUUGGUUUGUGAAUUAAUCCAAUUUAUGAAGUCCUGCAUCUUGGAAGUUAUUAAUGUAAUGUAUUGUAUUGAUAAUUCAGGUGAAAAUAUUGAGAUCAGACUAUUUUGUCAUUAGUAGAUGUUUUUAUGGUCUUUGAUCCAAGCAGUGUCCACAUUGGGAAAAGGGGUUUUCAUUCAAAAGAUGUGUCUUUCACUUAAGGCCAUAAAAUGCAAUGAAUGCUCUUUGGAGUCCUGAUGUAAAAAUUUAUUAUUUUGUUAAUUCCUUUUAACUCCGUAAACCAUUCAAAAAUUUGUUUUUUCUGUGUACCUAAAAAAGUGGUAGAAUGGUUUACUUAAGUUUCGGUCCUAAGAAUCCUUUGUGUUAAGAUGUACUUUUUGCAUUCUUUCUUGUAAAAGCUGUUAUCAUUUUCUUUGCCAUGAGUUAGUUCAACUCUGAUGCUUCUUUGCUUUUUUUUAAGUUCAUGUAUAUGUCUUUGUUUUCUCUACCUUGUAAAAGUAAAUCAGUGUAUACAGUUACUCAGAUAAAGGAGGAAGAAAUAAAUAAAAACAAAACUGUUAAAAAUG